AUGGUUAAUCCACUCGUUGCUUACUCUGAUGACGAAAGCUCGUCUGAUAAUGCACUUUCUCAGGGGGAAGAGAACCCAGUUGUUGAUGUUGUGCCUAAUCUUGGGGAAGAAAGCCAACCCCCCCUUAAACCAUCUACACCCAAAUUAGAUCCUUCUACAUCUCCAUCACCAAAAGCUCCAUCUCCACCACCACCAGUUAAAGAAGCAUCUCCACCUGUAGGUGCCGAAUCUUCACCACCACCAGUUAAAGAAGCAUCUCCACCUGUAGGUGCCGACUCUCCACCACCACCCAUCAUAGAAUCUCCACCACCACCAGUCCAAGAAACCCCUUUAUCCCCAGUCCAAGAAACCCCAUUAUCACCAGUCCAAGAAACCCCAUUAUCACCAAACCCAGAAAUUCCCACAACCUCUGUCCCAAAUAACCCCCCUUCUUCCCCAUCUCACAAAACCACUACUCAAAAUCCACCACCAUCCCCAAUCACGGAUGAUAUUCUUUUGAGUACCCUUCACCCCAAAAAACCAAGGCGGCCAAGAAAGCACAUUGCAGUUAAACAGGUUCGUCCACACAGGCCAGUCACAAGGAGUGCGAAUGUGGUCAAAUCAACUGAUGAUGCAACCUCUGUUGUUAAGCGUCGGCGAUUGGGUAAGUCUCCUGUUCAUUCAUCCGUUUCUCCAAUGAAUCUUGACUCUGAAAUUGAUGAUGCGUCUGAGGGCAAACAUUCUGUAGCCCCUCAAUAA